AUGGACCUUGAUCCUGUCACAGGCAAACCUGGUAUCGCUAUCGAUGCGAGUCAUUUUUUCAAGGUUAGUCUUGACAGCGCCUCUCUGAAUGAUAUUGUUUCGACCAACAAUGGUAGAAUAUUCUUUACUGCUGACGAUAAGCUGUAUGAAUUCGUCUAUGAGCACAACACCGGCUGGUUUGGAGGAGGACGAAAGUGCCGCGUUGUUAACCAAUCUGUGACGUUGCUUAGUACCCUAAUCCCGUUUCUUGGACCAGGAAGCGAGGAGCUCGAGCAGAUCGCUUUGGACAAGUCUCGAAAUAUCUUGUACUGUUUAGGGAAGAAUGGCUCCAUUCAGGUUUUUGACCUUGGUGUGGACGGUGCUCAGUGCAGCAGGGUAUGUGUCGUCACAGCUGGGCAGAUUGCUCUCAUCCUGAUGACUCAGUACGGUCACGAAGAGUCUACUUUUACGAACAUCGCGACUAUUUGUGCUCUAGAAGCCGACCAGUCAAAUCAGCUUAACUUGAUAGCAGUAACGGCGAAAGGUGUGCGGAUAUACUUCUCUGUGCUGGCACGGAACGUGGCGAACUCCAAUCAACAAGGGCAGUAUCUGUCCCAAAUAACAUACAAGAGCCUGUCCCAGCAGGAAGUUCGACCGCAAUGUCUUCGAGUGGCUCAUGUGAGAUUCUCACCCGGUGUAGCUCCAACAUCUAUCUAUCGUGACACCCCACAAGGAGUCUCAAUCGCCUAUGCGGAUCAAAGCUUAUGUGUGAUGGCGACGGCGAAUCGCCAGCUGGUUUGGGCGCUGUCCGAUCUGUAUCAUCCACACAAACACGUGUACUGUGAAUCUAUGAAUGAUUUACAAGUUGCCGGAAAUGUGUGGGCUAUAACUCCUGUUGCGGACAAGGCGCUUCAUUAUCAACCACCCGAGCCUGGCAUGAUUGCAAGGGUCCAACCACAUGCGUUCUACCGCCAGUCAAUUGAGAUGAAACAAAGGUUGAUUAUUUGUUCAAACGAGGGUAUUCAUGAGUUCGAUUAUGUUACCCCGCGCGAUGCAUUACGUGAAGCAUUAUUUGAUGGCGGUGCUGAAGGGCGAGCAACAGUGCAGUUAUGGCAACAGUUCGGUGCCACGGAAGUGCUCGUGUUGGCUCUUUCUGUGUUGACUAGCGAGUUAGCUGUGGAUGAACGAAUCAAAGAAAAGGCUGCUUCCAUAUUCUACAGCUUCAAAGAUACGCCUGAACUUGUGGACGUCGACCAAACCCGCGGGCUGGAGAGCACAUGGUCACCUGGGGACAGCAUUGCUGAAUGGAAGCACAAAAUGAGAUUGAACAAACCUUUAGCAAGUGGUGGACAAGGCUACGCUCACUCUCCGAGUCGCCGUCACGAUGCCUUGUACUACUAUUUUUCACGGCUCGUAGCUCCGAUAUGGAAUCACGCUAUAUGUCGAGUAAAAAACGGAGUUCUCGUUACGUCGUUGAGUUCGGAAGAGAUGAAUUGGUUAUCGAACGAACUUCGAAAACUGGGCGAAGUAAUGGAGAAAUAUAAUCUUCUGCCCAAGCCGGACGUCACCUGGAGCAAUACUGCGGCCGGAAAAAUGAAUGUUCAAGCCUCAAGCAUGGAACGACAGUCACUUGUUGCUCUUCGGAAACUGAUCGAAUCCUCUGCGGAAGUUCUUUCGUUGUGGUCAUCGGCGAACUCAUUUGAUCUGAAGGCAAUUUCUGCAAGCAUGGAUCCAGCUAUCCUUCCCUCCUUGGCCGGACGUCCGUUUUGUCAUCUCGUAUGCGAUGGACAACAUCUUAAUGGAGACCUAAUCAGGACGAUGAUAAAAUACUUCCUUGGUGACGAAGCAGGAACAAAAGAGCUGUCUGAACGUCUCAGAGCAUUGUGUCCAAACCUGUAUUCAAAGGAUGAUGCAUGUGUGACCAACGCUAUGGAACAGCUUAAAUUGGCAUCUGUAGCGAAUUCAGGAGCUGCUCGAAGGAAUCUCGUCGACAGGGCGUGUGAGCUGUUCCGCCAGUCCAUUGGGAAGGUUUCGCUGCCUGUAGUGUGCCGGAGUUUGGCUGAAUUGAACGCGUUUGAGCAUCUCGCGGAUUUAUGCUUGUUGAAAGCAAAGCGAGAUGAUCCCAAGCAGCUGGCGUUGAUUGCAUAUCGCCAUGGUCGCGGCGGAGAGGAUCGCGAAAUGCAGGCAGCAGAAAAACGACGAGCAGAGAGUUACAAAUGCAUCACGGAUACUCUGGAUGAUCUGGAAGCUUCUGCCUCAAAGACAUCUUCAACGUCGGCUGAAAGCGUAAGUGUUGAGCAAUACUAG